UGUUCAGCUUUCAAACCACGAGUGAGAAGUUCUGUGGUGUAUUUUUAGCCUAAACCAGUGAAACCAAUAGAUCAAAGGGAGUGGGGCACUGCUGGCUUACAGCAGGGCUACAGAACGGCGUGGCCGAAUGGCCGAAGGUUCUCUUACUGAGACUCUGGAACUAAAUCCAGACACGCCGGAGUUCGUGCCCCGCGCGAGACAGAACCAGCAUCGUCCCAAGAGGGGUCGGCCACGUUCGGACGCCGAGCUGAGUCGAAUCGAACACCGCUCAGCCCAGCAUCAACAUCAGCAGCACGCCUUCAACUCUGACGGCCGUCAUCACGACGGGGGAAGAACUCGCGGCCAUGAGAACUGGACACGACCCUACAACCACCCCUACUCUCCUCACAGCGACGACAACAGGAGGGGCAGGGGACGGUCAGGGAGAGGCCGAGGUGGACACCGAGGGAAUGGCAACGGUAACGGCAAUGGCAAUGUGAGCGAGAGUGACGGCAGCGACCACACUGGUCGAGGACGCGGCGCCAGGGGCCAGAAUCCAAGAUGGCACAAGCCAGGAAACGGAAGGGGGCCCUUGUCCCGAAGCCAGGGAGAUGCUCCCAACUCCCCGGUGCCACAAGAAAUGACCCCCACUGCCCAGCCUGGCAUAGAGGAACCUCGAUGGCAGAAGCCAUCGGUGGUCCUCCCCAACAGCACGGGGGCGGUGAGCAACGACGAGGCCCGGGACACGCGUCCCAAAAAGCCCCGAAAGUUCAGCCAAGAGUCCAGGAGAGGAGGACGCGGGGAGAGAGGCGCAGCAAGAGCUCCGCUUCUGAGAGACCGUGACGAGAACCAAGAGAACUGCAACGACUCUGGGAGGGACGCUCCUCAGCCUGCUGCGGAACCUCAGAGAGCCAGAACCUCCAUCUCCGAUGACGACCCAGAACCACACAGGAACCACAAGGGCUGGAGAGCUCCCAACAGGAACGCGCACACAGCACCAAAUGCCGACUACCGGAAGAAGCCCGGGGACCGGGACCAGCGGCACAACAGGGACAACUGGAGGGAGCGGCAGCCCCAGUCGGACCGGGAGAGGGGCCCGCGGAGAGGAGACAAGGGGGCCCAGAGAGGGGCAUCCUCUCCCCCCAGGAGCCCCUUGCCUAACUCCCAGGAGGAGCCCAGCUGGAGGGCUUGCGGUGGGGCUGGGGCUGGGAGAGGCCAGGGCCAUGGACAUGGAAAUGGGAGACGGGUGCCGCUGCACGACCGAGGACAGAGGCACUCGGCUGGGGGAGCGGAGACCAGAUCAUCAGUAUCAGCUGGAGGUGGUGGUGGUGGUGGUGGUGGUCACAAGAGGCGUGUGGAUCAUGUGCCCAAGAACAAGGAGACCCAGACAGGUUGUCUGAUCGAGCAGCUGAGCGAGGAGAAGUAUGAGUGUAUGGUGUGCUGCGAGGUGAUCAGAGUCAUGGCUCCCGUCUGGAGCUGCCAGAACUGCUUCCACGUCUUCCACCUCAACUGCAUCAAGAAGUGGGCGCGCUCCCCUGCCUCACAGGCCGAUGAUGGUAGUGAGGGAUGGAGGUGUCCAGCCUGUCAGCACGUGGCGUUCAGAGCGCCCAACUCUUACACGUGCUUCUGUGGCAAAGUGACCAAUCCGGAGUGGCAGAGGACGGAGAUCCCUCACAGCUGUGGAGACAUGUGUGGCAAGAAGAGGAGUGGGGCCAACUGCAAUCACCCCUGCAACAUCCUCUGUCAUCCAGGGCCUUGUCCUCAGUGCCCUGCCUUCGUGUCCAAAUCCUGUACUUGUGGCAAGACCAGCCAGUCGGUGCGUUGUAGCCAGUCGGUGGCGGUGCGCUGUGAUGAGGUGUGUGGUGCGACGCUGACCUGCUCGGAGCACAACUGCGCCCAGGUGUGUCACAGCGGCCCCUGCCAACCCUGCCAGCUCCGGGUCCAGCAAGUGUGCUUCUGUGGCGUGGUACUGCGGGAGGUUCCUUGCGGAACAGACAAGGAACACUUUGACGGCACUGGACACUUCUCUUGUCAGAAGCUCUGUGGAAAGAUGCUGGACUGCCAGCACCACAGAUGUGACCAGGUGUGCCACUCGGGGCCGUGCCAGUCGUGCCCGCGCUCCCCGCGGCUGGUGCGCACGUGCCCCUGCGGGCAGACUGCCCUGGCCAAGCUGCUGGAGCUGGGCUACCCAGAGAGGCACAGCUGCCAGGACGCCAUACCCUCAUGCGGGAAGACCUGCGGGAAACCACUACCCUGCGGAUCUACAGACAUCAUCCACAUGUGUGAGAAGCUGUGCCACGAGGAUGUGUGUGGGCCCUGCUCCCUCUCCUCCACCAUCAAAUGCCGCUGCGGAUCCAAGACCAAGGAGGUGCCGUGCUCAAGCAUCCAAACAGAAGAGGACAUGAGUUUUGUCUGCGAGAAAAAGUGCAACAAGAAGCGGUCGUGUGGACGGCACAAAUGUGGGGAGCUGUGCUGUGUGGACAUGGAGCAUAAGUGCUCUUUGAUCUGCGGUUAUAAACUCAACUGUGGUCUGCAUCGCUGCCAGGAGCCUUGUCACCGUGGAAACUGUCAGCCCUGCUGGCAAACCAGUUUUGAUGAGCUGACGUGCCACUGUGGGGAGACGGUGCAGUACCCCCCCAUCCCCUGUGGCACUAAGCCCCCAGAGUGCAAGAACCCCUGCGCCCGGCAGCAUGACUGCGACCACCCAGUCUUCCACAACUGCCACAGCGAGGAGAAGUGUCCCCCGUGUACUUUCCUCAUGAAGAAAUGGUGUAUGGGGAUGCAUGAGCAAAGGAGCAACAUUGCAUGUCACCUCCAGGACAUCUCCUGCGGGUUGCCGUGCAACAAGGUGUUGCCGUGCGGCUCGCACCCGUGCAAGCGACUCUGUCACCGCGGCGACUGUCUGGUGGAGGGGGAGGCGUGCCGCCAGCCCUGCGUGCUGCCCCGGCCCGAGUGCCGACACCCCUGCACCGCCCCCUGCCACCAGGGCAAGCCCUGCCCACGCAACACCUGCACCGCCAAGGUGGUGCUACAGUGCGACUGUGGGCGCAAGAAGGAGACGGUGUCAUGCACAGAGGCAACCAACUCUUUUCAGAGGUAUGCAGCCAUUGCCAUGGCCAGUAAGAUGUCUGACAUGCAGCUGGGGGAGAGUGUGGACAUCGGGCAGCUCAUCCCUAAGAAGGAGGUCAAGCAGACAAAGUUAGAAUGCGAUGAGGAGUGUGCCACCCAGGAAAGGAACAAGAGAUUGGCUGAAGCCCUGCAGAUUGACCAAUCAGUUGACCCGUUCAACACCAGGACCACCUCCAAGUACAGCGACUCACUCAAGGACGAUGCAAGGAAAGAAUUUAAAUUUGUCAGUGAAGUCGAGACGGAAAUUAAAAACCUUGUUGAACUGGCAAACAAGGGCAAGCAGCCAAAGCGUAGCCACUGUUUCCCUCCCAUGAGUCGAGAGCACCGGCGCAUCGUUCACGAGCUGGCCGAGGUCUACACCGUGGAGAGCGUCAGCUACGACAGCGAGCCCAAACGCAAUGUCGUCAUCACUGCCAUACGGGGGAAGUCCGCCUGCCCGAACUCCACCCUGACGGCGCUGAUCGUGAGGGAGACCAGUGCGCGAGCCCCUCCGCCCAUCGCCCACAUCAAGCAGCACAGCAGCAAUAGGAGUGAGACCAGCAGCAUCAGCUGGCUAAAGCCAACAAAGGAAGAGCCUGCCAUUGAUUACUUUGACGUCCAAGACUGAGGGCCAAACCAACCACAUCGACCACUCAACGUCAAACCAAGCUGCUCUGAAAGCAAAGUCUCCCAUGUUCCAAACCAACAGCAAUCAGAUUUGGACAACCAAGACAACUUUUUGCAGUCCUGACAGAUGGUAGCCUAUUCCCACUGCAAUAAUGUUGGUACCGUCCAACAAAUUGACUCAACUUGAAUUGACUAUGGCUUACUGUAAUUUCUGAGUUUAGUGAACAUGAGCACAAAUUUUGAGGUGCCAAUUUAGAGGUUUGUAAAUUCACUACUAGAUCUUCCAUAAGUGAGGCACUUUUUUCAGUCGUUGAUGAUGCAGUACCAUUCAUGUCAUUGAUUGUAGUGCAUUUACUUAAGACAGUCAUGUGGAAAUUCCAUCAAGUGACCACAUCAUCCUCGCCUUAGCUCUACGGCAGCCACAGCCAAUACAUUUCACUGAUCACAUAUGAAGGCCACAUUUCAUUUAGUUUUAACACAGAGCCCAUGUGCUUUGUUUUCACACUGUAAAUGAGGACAGGGUCCCUAGUGAGACCUAGUUAUUAAACUCUUGAAUGUUC